AUGAGCAAAAGAGACUAUGGAGAAAUGACACAGGGCGAAAAAGAAAAACCAAUACCUGAUUCAAAUUGUAUUUUAGAUUCCAAUAAAGAUGAGUUAUUAAAACUUAAAGAAAAAAAAUUAAAAUCAAAACAAGAAAAACAAAAACAAAAAACUAAUAAACAAAAGAAACUACAAGAUCAACAAACACCAGCUGAACUAAAUGAACAACAAAAACAAUUAACCGUACCAACACCAAUAGAUAGAAGCAAAUUAAGUGAAGAUGAAAUUAUAUUUUUAGAAAGAAUAAAAAAAGAGAUAAAACCAGUUUUAGAAGAUUCUGAAGAGUUUAACCUAGUAUUAGAGAAUGUAUAUAUCAUAGAAAUAGAACCACAAUCAGCAAAUAAACAUAUUAAAUCAGUAUCACAGAUUUUAGAACCUGCCAAUUUUACAGAAGAGUUUAAUCAUUUAAAAAAAAUAAAAAAGAAAUCAAAUAGUAAUAUAUUACAAUUAUUUCUAUGCAGUGUGUCAAAAUUCAAAGAGUUGGAUACCAUUUUAAAUAAGGCAAAUUACAAUACAGAAACAGAAGAAUUGGAACUUAUAGAUGGUCAAAAUGAAAAUGAAAAUGAAAAUGAAAAUUUCAAAAAUUUAAUCAAAUCGUUAUCAAAUGAAAAAAUUCAAUUGAUCAAAUUUUUAAAAAUUAAUAAAUUUACAGUUUUAGUCGAAAAAGUACCAAAAUAUCCACCAUUGCUCUAUAGUCUUUGGGAUGAUUGGAAUUAUAAUAUUUGGCCAUGUGUUUACAGAGUUCAUUUUUUCUCCACUCCAUUAGUAUCAACUUUAAACGAACAAGAGCUAUUAAAUAUGAGAACUCAUAUGAUGAGUGCCCUCGAACAAGCUAAAAUUGCGAAAACAAGAGGACACAAACCAAUAGGUGCAGUUUUAGUUGAUCCAGAAACCAAUAAAGUAGUAAAUAAUUGUUACGAUUUAACAAAUAGAAUUUCAGAAGAUCAAACACCAGAAAUUGAAGAAACCUUAUACCUUUCGCCAAUAGUUUCACAUUGCAUUAUGACAAUUAUGAACAAACUAUCAACUGACCAAGUAAUAGAAAUUAAAAAUAAAAUGAAAGAGACAAAAGAAAGAAUUAAACCAAACGACGAUGACGAAGAUGACGAAAACGAAAAAGAUGACAACAUUUUAAACUUUGUAAAUAAAGGUCAAUAUUUGGCAAAUGGCUACCACCUAUAUUUAACAAGAGAACCCUGUGUUAUGUGUUCUAUGGCCCUAGUACAUAGUAGAAUUAAAAGAGUGGUCUAUGGAAGCAGUGGUAUAGAUGGUGGAUUAGGAUCCUAUUUGAAAAUUCACACCGAAAAAUCUUUAAAUCACAGGUUUGAAGUUUAUAAAGAUUUUAUGAAAGAUGAAUGCGACUCGAUAUAUAACUCAACAGACUCAUCUUAA